AUGGCACAGUCCGUGCCUCAUCAAACGACCGACAGGAGGCGCGUCAAAGUCUACGAGCUCCGUGACAACGACUGGUUCGACCGCGGUACCGGCUUCUGCACCGCAGCAUGGACCGAAACUGAAGAGGGAAGGGCCAAAGAGCCCCGCGUAAUUGUCGACUCCGAAGACGAACCAUUACGGACAUUGCUAGAAACCAGGAUCUAUAUGGUAUGUGUGAUUACGGAGCCUUUAUGGUACCAGGAGCAGACGAUGGACAAGGGGCUGACAAUCCGUUCAAGGAAAUUCGUCAAUGAUGUCCAACGAACACUACAGGGAGACAUCGCAGGUCCAGUGGAUGACAGCCUAUCGGACGACCUGGCCAUAGACGUUCCCCCCUCUAUCCAACUCCCUCCUGCCGAACUGGGCAGUCUCCCAGACCUCGAAACCACAAUACGAGUGAUCAGCAGCUCCGCAAAUGGCCGUGACACUCUUGCCAAGCUGAUCAUGCACGAGGACUACAUCGGCAAACUGAUUCCCUUGGUCGAGAUGGCCGAGGACCUCGAGAGCCUCCAGGACUUGCAUCGGCUUUGCAACAUCAUGAAGACAAUCCUCCUGCUUAAUGACACGACGAUUAUUGAACAUGCGGUCUCUGACGAAUGCAUCCUGGGCGUCGUUGGGGCUCUGGAGUACGAUCCCGAUUUCCCGCAACACAAGGCGAACCACCGGCAAUGGUUGAAAGAUCAGUCAAGGUACAAGGAGGUGGUUCGGAUCGAGGAUGAUCAGGUCAGGCGCAGGAUCCACCAGACGUACCGCCUGCAAUACAUGAAAGAUGUUGUGCUGGCCCGGAUCCUGGACGAUCCCACCUUUUCGGUGCUGAACUCGAUGAUCUUCUUCAACCAGGUGGAAAUAGUUCAGCAUCUUCAGUCCAACGGGGCCUUCCUGCGCGACCUCUUCUCCAUCUUCAACCCAGAAGAGAAGACAGAGCAGCUCAGGAAAAAGCAGGCGGUCUUGUUCAUACAGCAGUGCUGUGCCAUCGCCAAGAACCUGCAGAUCCAAAGCCGGCAGGGCUUUUACAGCAGCUUGCUGAACCACGGCCUGCUUGCUGUCAUCAACUUUGGCCUCCGCAACUUUGAUGUUUCCGUCCGGGUAGGAGCCACGGACAUCUUGGUUUCUAUGAUCGACCAUGACCCCCAUAUGAUCCGCCACACACUCCUCCGGCAGAUCCUGGCAAAGCAGUUACCACUGACGGACACUCUAAUUGACCUGCUCUUGGUCGAGGUGGAUCUGGGUGUGAAGUCUCAGAUCUCAGACGCGCUCAAAGUUCUUCUCGAUACUAUACCCACUAACCAGGGGCAGGAUGGCGGAAUUAAGCUGGUGAAUGGAGAAUUGCAGUCACGGCCACGACCGAUGAAUCAGAUCAAUAGCCUGGAGGGCCAGCAGCAGACCAUUCUCGAGGAUUUCUACGGAAGAUCAGCCGCGCGACUGUUCAAGCCUCUGCUCGAUCUGGAGGGACGCACGGAACUAAAGUUCUCUGUGCACAACGACGGCAUCUUCAGCUACCUCAACGAUAUCCUAUGCUUCUUUGCGCGGCAACACCACAACCUCUGCAAGAAGUUUAUCAGAGACCACAACAUUGCAUCGCGAUUUGCCCAGUUGCUGUCUUGUAAGGAAAAGCAUCUGCAGCUCGUGGCAAUCCGAUUCUUCCGUCACCUUGUCAAUCACGUCUCCGAUGAGUUCUACGUGAGACUUGUCGCUGAGAAACAGGUCCUCGGGCCGAUUCUGGAUGUCCUUCUGCUCACUCUCCCACGUGACAAUCUUCUCAGUUCUGCGUGCCUCGAUAUCUUUGAGUACAUCCGCAAGGAGAAUAUCAAAGAUCUGGUCAAGCAUCUAGUCGAGAAUUACAGAGAAAAGAUGACCGCUCUCGGCUAUCUUGAUACCUUCAGAGAUCUUGUUGUCAAUUACGAGCAGAGCAGAGGUUUUGCUGGGAACAUGGACACGUACUUCAUGGAGUCCGAGGACGAGAUGGGCCGGCGGCCAACUCAUGUGAAUGGACGCAUGAUGGAGCAGAUCAGUGUGGACCCGAUGGAGGAGGAGUACUGGAACACUUCAGACGACGAAGACGAGAACCAGUCAAAGCUGGCUCCCAGAGGUUCUUUGGGCCCCAGCCCCGGUCCGCUCAGCGCCCUCGUCGACUACCACUCAGAUGAGGAGUCGGACGAGAAUGGUGGCGACGUGGUCAUGGCCCAAUCCGAUUCAGAGAUCAGCAAGGAAGUAAAAGGCGAGAAGCCCGAAGGAGAGCCUCUGACUCCGAAUAGUGCGGACACCGCAACCCCAUCCUUGAGUUCAACCCCGCCCGAGCGACUUAGUGAGAAGCGUCGACGAGAGGAAGAGGACGACGAUGAGUUGGGCAAGAUGAUGCAGCAGAACAAGCGACGCAACAGUACGUCUGCGGUGCAAAAUGCUAGUGGUGCUGCGGCGACGCUGCGCAAGAAGAAGCCUUUUGGGGGAUCACCAAGUACUGGUUCUGCCGGAGUCAAAAAGAUUGACAUCAGGCUACCCCCUACCGUCCAGAGUUCCGUUGGACAGGGCUCGCCAGGACAAGAUGAUUCGUCAUGA